AUGUUUUUAUGUAAGUUAUAUUCCAUCAGACACACUAUACCUGGUCACACUAUACUUGGACACACUAUACAUGGUCACACUAUACCUGGUCACACUAUACCUGGUCACACUAUAUCUGGUCACACUAUACCUGGCCACACUAUACCUGGUCACACUAUACCUGGUCACACUAUACCUGGUCACACUAUACUUGGUCACACUAUACCUGGUCACACUAUACCUGGUCACACUAUACCUGGCCACACUAUACUUGGACACACUAUACCUGGUCACACUAUACCUGGUCACACUAUACCUGGUCACACUAUACCUGGUCACACUAUACCUGGUCACACUAUACUUGGACACACUAUACCUGGUCACACUAUACCUGGUCACACUAUACGAGACCUACAAGGACUGGAACCCAAAUGGGACCUCAGGGCGCCUCAGUGGAACAGACCUGAAUGUCUUAAUCCCCCAGAUGCCUCCUUCGUUAACUCUUGGGGGCCUGGUCUUAAUGGGCCUUUUUAUAGUCCUACUGGGCCCCUUAGUCCUACUGGGCCCGUUAGUCCUACUGGGCCCCUUAAUCCUACUGGGUCCCUUAGUCCUACUGGGCCCCUUAGUCCUACUGGGCCCGUUAGUCCUACUGGGCCCCUUAAUCCUACUGGGUCCCUUAGUCCUACUGGGCCCCUUGGUCCUACUGGGCCCCUUAAUCCUACUGGGUCCCUUAGUCCUACUGGGCCCCAGUCUAUCUUGAUGACCUCCAGUCCUGACAAACUCCUUUUCCUUUAG